AUGCACGACGUCAAGAUUGCUGUCAUUGGUGGCUCUGGUUUGUACCAUUUGGACAACCUUGAAAUUGUCGAAGAAGUGCACCCUGAAACUCCUUGGGGUUUUCCCAGUGACAAGAUCACGAUCGCCAAGCUUCCAAGCGGCACCAAGAUUGCAUUCCUUGCACGUCAUGGACGAGGCCAUUACUUGACACCUACUGAAGUGCCUGUCAGAGCCAAUAUUGCUGCCCUCAAGCACUUGGGCGUUGAAGCCAUCCUUGCCUUCAGUGCUGUUGGUUCCUUGCGUGAAGAAAUUCCUCCCUGUGAUUUCGUGCUUCCUGACCAAUUGAUUGAUCGUACGCGUGGUUUGAGACCCUCCACCUUCUUUGGUAACGGUGUGGUGGCCCAUGCUUUGUUUGCUGAACCUUUCCACAAGGGCAUCGCUGAUUUGGUCUAUGAACAACGCCAUGUGCUUGAAUUCAACAGCACCCUUCAUCGCAACAAGACCGCUGUGUGUAUGGAAGGUCCUCAAUUCUCCACCAAGGCUGAAUCCCACAUGUAUCGCAGCUGGGGUGCCGAUAUCAUCAACAUGAGUGCCCUCCCAGAAGCCAAGCUCGCUCGUGAGGCUGAAAUCGCAUAUCAAAUGGUUUGCAUGUCCACCGAUUAUGAUUGCUGGCGUGAGGAAGAAGAAGGCUCCGUUACAGUUGAAACAGUCAUGCAAAACAUGGUCAACAACUCCACCAACGCAAAGACUUUGCUCAUGGCUGUCCUUCCUCAUCUCGAUGAUGCCGUGCGUAACAACACCCUCAAGCCUGACCUCAAGGGUUCCAUGAAGUUCGCUGGCAUGACCGCUCAAGAAAAGCGUAACCCUGAGACCGUCAAGAAGCUCGAUUACAUCUUGCCAGGCUACUAUUAG